GUGUAACAGUGUAAACAUGGCGAGCCUGGCAGAUGUCGGCUGGAAACUCCUGGAAUUCAAAGCCAAAUCAAAAAGAUCAGAUUUCUGAUUUAUCUGAGAGAGACGAUUGGCCUUAUUUUCCCCUUUUGAGAAUGGCUCUUUCAGUGGCUGCGAAUACCCAGCCUCAUCGGAAAGUGCAAAGACUUGGUUCCAUCUAUGAACCUCUUAAGCUGUCUAAUCUCCAGCAGGAGGAUGAGCCCCUAUGGGAGAAGCUGGACCGCUACUACAAUGCUAUCAAGACAACCAUUCUGAACUACCAGAGUCCCACCACUGGCCUUUUCCCAGUAAAAACAUGCUCUACCUGCAAGGAAGCAAAGGUCCGGGACUCCCUAUAUUGUGCUGCUAGUUCCUGGGCACUGGCUAUGGCAUACCGACGCAUUGAUGAUGACUUGGGGCGAACUCAUGAAUUGGAGCAUUCUGCAAUCAAGUGCAUGAGAGGGAUCCUCUACUGUUACAUGAGACAGGCAGAUAAGGUAGAGGAGUUUAAAAAGGAUCCUAGCCCCUCUAAGUGUCUGCACUCCGUGUUCAACGUGGACACUGGUGACGAGGUUUUCUCGUACGGCGACUAUCACCACCUGCAGAUCGAUGCUGUUUCUCUGUUUCUGCUGUACCUGGUGGAGAUGAUCUGCUCUGGUCUUCAGAUCAUUUACAACACUGAUGAGGUUUCCUUCAUCCAGAACCUGGUGUUCUGCGUGGAAAGAGCCUACAGGGUGCCUGACUACGGCAUGUGGGAGCGAGGCAGCAAAUACAAUAAUGGCAGCACUGAGCUGCAUUCUAGCUCUGUGGGCCUUGCUAAAGCUGCUCUGGAGGCUAUCAAUGGAUUCAACCUGUUUGGAAACCAGGGCUGCUCAUGGUCUGUGAUAUUUGUGGAUCUGGAUGCCCACAACAGGAACAGGCAAACCCUCUGUUCCCUACUACCCAGAGAGUCUCGCUCCCAUAACACAGACGCUGCCUUGCUGCCGACCAUCAGCUAUCCUGCCUUUGCAGUGGAUGAUGACGCUCUCUACAGUCAGACUCUUGACAAAGUUGUUCGCAAGCUACGUGGCAAAUACGGCUUCAAGCGAUUCCUCCGUGAUGGCUACAGAACCGCAAACGAAGAUAAGAAUCGCCGCUACUACAAACCUGCAGAAAUGAAGCUUUUUGAUGGAAUCGAGUGUGAAUUUCCCAUAUUUUUCAUCUACAUGAUGAUUGACGGGGUGUUCAGAGGAAACAAGACACAGGUCAAAGAGUACCAGGACCUCCUUCAACCCAUCAUCUUCCAGUCUUUUGAGGGCCAUGCCGUGAUCCCCAAAUACUACUAUGUACCAGCGGACUUUGUGGAGGCGGAGCAGAACAAACAUGGAAGUCAGAAGCGUUUCCCUAGCAACGCUGGCCGGGAUGGGAAGAUGUUCCUCUGGGGUCAGGCCCUGUAUAACAUUGCCAAGCUGCUGGUGGAUGAGUUAAUCAGCCCGAAAGACAUCGAUCCCAUCCACCGCUACGUGCCCCGACAGGAUCAGCGCAACGUCAGCAUGAGAUACUCCAAUCAGGGUCCCAUUGAGAAUGAUGUUGUGAUUCAUGUGUCCUUGAUUGCUGAGAGCCAGAGGCUGCAGGUGUUUUUAAACACCUAUGGAAUUCAAACUCAGACACCCCAGCAGGUGGAGCCCAUCCAGAUCUGGCCUCAGAAGGAACUGGUCAAGGCAUACCGUUUCCUAGCCAUCAAUAAGAAGCUGGGGUUGAGUGGGCGUCCAGAUAGGCCAGUGGGCUGCAUCGGGACUUGCAAGAUUUAUCGUAUCCUGGGCAAGACAGUGGUGUGCUACCCAAUAGUGUUUGAUCUCAGUGACUUUUACUUGUCCCAGGAUGUUAUGCUGCUGAUCGAUGACAUUAAGAAUGCCUUGCAGUUCAUCAAGCAGUGCUGGAAGAUGCAGGGACGACCCCUCUUCCUCGUUCUGAUCCGUGAGGAUAACAUCAAAGGGAGCCGCUUUAACCCGGUCUUGGACAUGCUGGCCUCCUUCAAGAAAGGCAACAUCGGAGGUGUCAAAGUUCACGUCGACAGACUUCAGACACUGAUAUCUGGAGCAUUUGUGGAGCAGCUGGACUUCCUUCGUGUCAACGAGGCAGAGAUCCCAGAAUUUAAGAGUUUUGAGGAGCUGGAGCUACCGAAGCACUCGAAGGUGAAGAGGCAGACAAGCACACCCAAUGCAUCAGACCUGGAGCAGCAGCCAGAGAUCAGUGUGGAGGAGUGGAUGGACAAGCCCAUCCAUGAGAUCAUGCAGAAGUUUCAUGACUGCGACUGCUUGGCCAGUCAGGCUCAGCUUGCCAGCAUCCUCCUUAGAAGAGAAGGGCCAGACUUUCUUUCCAAAGAUGAGAACCUGAUGGAUGAACUGGAGAGAAUCUACAGGAGAGCCGGCAGCAGAAAGCUUUGGCUGGCAGUACGCCACACUGCUGCCAUUAUCAAGAAGUUUGCCAGCUCUAUAGCUCCUCACAUCACCACUAUUCUGGUGCAUGGGAAACAGGUGACCCUCGGCCUAUUCGGGCAUGAGGAGGAGGUGAUCUCUAACCCACUGUCUCCAGGGGUGAUCCAGGGCAUCAUCUACAGCAAGUGCUCCCCUUACGGUGGUGAGAGGGAGGCAGUUCUCCAGCAGGAACUGGUCAUCCACAUCGGAUGGAUUAUCUCCAACAACCCUGAGCUGUUCAGCGGCAUGCUGAAGAUCAGAGUCGGAUGGAUAGUUCAGGCCAUGAAACACGAGCUGGAGAUCCGUGCUGGAGACAUGCCCACCCAGGACAUCUACCAGCUCUCCCCCAGUGACAUUAAGCAGCUUUUGUUGGACGUCUUGCAGCCACAACACACUGGCAGGUCUUGGCUGAACAGACGUCAGAUCGAUGGCUCUCUGAACAGAACCCCUCUAGGAUUUUAUGACCGUGUGUGGCAGAUCCUGGAGAGGACCCCCGAUGGUAUUGUGGUGGCUGGAAUCCAUCUCCCACAGCAACCUACAUUGUCUGACAUGACCAUGUAUGAGAUGAACUUCUCGCUGCUGGUGGAAGACAUGCUGAAGAACAUUGUCCUGCCCGAGUACAGACAAAUCAUUGUAGAGUUGCUGAUGGUGGUGUCCAUAGUGCUGGAGAGAAACCCAGAGCUGGAGUUCAGUGACAAGGUGGAUCUGGACGGUCUGGUGAAGGAAGCCUUUAACGAUUUCCAGAGAGAUCGUAGCCGCUUUGAAGGAAUUGAGAAACAGGAUAACAUGGAGGCAUUCUACAACACAGCGCCAUUAGGACAGAGAGGCACCUCCAGCUACCUGACCAAGGCUGUAAUGAUCCAGCUGCUGCAGGGGGAUGUUAAGCCCUGCAAGGACGACCCUUGCUCUGUUAGCUAGAGUAAAAAUCCUCAAAGCCUAGUCUCAGCUACCUGCAGUGUAGUCAGUCAACGCUCUGUUGAGGACUACCUAAGAUUUCUCACAUGUUCCCAAAAAUACCCCCUCUCUCUCUCUCUCGCUUUAUAUAAUGUUCAGAGAUCAGGUGUAAAAGUUCAAGUCCAGCAAUAUAUUUCACCAGCUGUAGCCAUUAGCUGUUAAACAGGGAUUUAAAGUACACGGUUAGCAUGAGAAAUGUGGGUCUCACAUUACUGCGUCUGGCAUCCUGUGUGUUACUAUCACCGGAAACAGAAAGCACUUAAUUCUGCUUUUAUAUCAUGUUUCAUAAAAAUUGUGACCAUCUGCCAAACAAUAUGUCCAGCAUUAGAGCAGCAGUGAACCACUGCACAUAAUUUAGAUUAUUUGAUUUAUGCAUUUUAUCAUGUUAUUCUGCUGUACAUGUCAGAGUUUAUUGUGUGCUUCCCUGUGGUCACUUUGUGUCCCAUUAUUAUGCAUGCAUAGUGUGUGCUAUGACAAUAGGUACUGUUGUAACCACUGUGAAGAUUUAUCUGAAUGUAAUAUGCUAGAAAAUAGCUUUAGAUUGGCCUGUUUUGCACAGUGUGGCUCUGCAUAACAAUGACUGUUGCUCAUCUGAAGUCCUGGGACUGAGGACCCUUUAAACACGGUUGUUUUGUUGAUUAUUCCUUAGGAGUGAUUAAAAGCUCACCGAUUUAUUUUAAGGCGCGCCUCUUUGAAUUCACACUGUGAUGAAUCAAUCCAACCUUGUCAUAGUGUGUUUGAGAAUAUUUGUGUUUUUCUUGCCCUGGUUGUUCAAAAGAAACAUUUUUAUCUCUUGAAAAAUAAACAUUUCCUUCCA